UCUUACUGUCUCGAAGGGUUAUUGUGGGUGUGUCACUCUCACCUAACGAACCACACCUGUGGCUACCUGUGAAAGUUUGUUGAUGAAGGAAGAAAUGAAGCUCAUGUUUAAUUCACCAAUUUUAAGAUGCAUAUUUCCAUGCAUUACAAAAGAUUUCUGUUUUGGAAAAUAUUGGAGCAUUUACAUACAGAAUUUUCAAGUUAACAAACUACUUCCAGAACCAAUUUUUUAAAGUAGGGGUACCACUGUAUAACCUUUGAGCUCGCGCUGACGGUCAAACAACAUGGAUUGUAAACACGAUCGCAACAAGACCGAAAUGAUUGAAUGAACGCCAUCGGAUGACCGUUCCGGCUUCACGUGAGUCUUCGUGGAUACAGCGCAUCAAACACAGCCCUGAACUGCCCUCUAUCUGGCUAGUUGUGACAUGUGCAGUGACGGGUCGUGGAUAAACAGCUGCCAGGGAAGAAAGGAGGCUGAGAAGUUCACGCGGAAAGAUGGAGAGCCACGAAAGACGGAGGGAGCUCUGGGGGUCUGCAACACUUAGCUCUGGUUCUCCAGCAGCCUGCAUACAAACCCACUACACAGAUUCUGAUGUAGCCUGCAAGUUGGGAGAGAACGCUUUGCAAACUGAAAAGGUUGAAAGUGGCGCAAAAUUGGCAUAUUUGCAGAGUGAGAUUUCUUGUCUGCAAAGCCUCCAGAAAGACAACAUGAAGGAAAUUGCUGAAAAAGACCUCCGCAUUACUAAACUGCAAGCAAGCAUUUUGUUGCUUCAACGGGAGAGUGUCAACACCCGUGCUCAGCUUAAAAAGAGUAACGCAAAUGUCAAGCAGCUGGACGAGACAACGGUGUCUUUACGGGCCACGCAGGACUCACUGAGGAAAACUUUGGCACUGAAGGAGAAACAGACACAACAGCUGCUGGAAGACAAUGCACUUCUAAAAGACAGCCUGGCUAGACUGCAGAGCAAAUUACAGACAAGUGAGUGCACGGUGAGCGACGGUUGCGCGACCAUGGAUCAGGCCCGUGACAGUCUGAAUGCAGAAAGGCAGCAGAUCCAGGAACAGUCAGAGCACACCACUAUAGAGUUGGAGUGUCCUCGGCCAGAACUCACUUAUGUAGAUUGCACCGCUGAAAAGAAGGUACAGGAGCAGUCCUUGGAGACACUUUGUAAGAAGACAGAUGAUCUGAGCGCAAAAAUGGCGGACACGAACGGCAAAGACUCACCGGAGGCCGAUUUUUCUCUGUGCCGAGAACCACAUGCUUAUUCCUUGGAGUUGGCGACAUCAGAGAACGGUUUACAGAAGCAGCAGGUGGAUCCGAAUCUCUUCCAUCGGGAGCUGGAAGGAAUUCGGGAAGAAUUAAAAGCAGCCUGUUUGCAAGUAGAAGAACAGAGAGAAAUGGCUUUGAUUUAUAAAUGCAAAUAUUCCGCGACAAUGGAGAAGCUGCACAGUGCGCAAGGACAGGUGGAACAUUUAUCGGAGGAGCUACAAUAUUCCCAGCAAAAGAUAAGAGAGUCUCAACAAGCAACCAUUUUGGCGAAUGAAGAACUAUCAGAGCUGAAACAUCGUUACCGUGACAAGGUGGGCCAAUGGGAGAGCUCACAGGAGGCCCUAGACCAAUUGAUGGAUGAGCUCCAUGUCAGUCAAAAUCUAUUGGCCGAGAGUCGGCAAAAGGUGGACGACUUGGAAAGUCUUGUCUGUGGUCUGCAAGGACAGGUGGAAACUCUGAAGCAGCAGAAAGUCUUGUUGGAGUGUGACCUGCGACUUUAUCAGCAGAGUCACUCUCACGCGAACCAAGACUACCUGAGCCUGCAAAAUCACCAGCAGCGGCUGCAGAAGAGCUGCAGUGAGCAGGUGGAGCGCCUUGUGGAGUGUGAAAAGGUUAUUCUACAGAUGAAAUCAGAGCUGGAGAGACAAAACCAAGAAAAGACCAAUCUGAAGCAAAGCCUUGUCACGUCCUGCCGUGCACACCUGAACCGACAUGGUCAACUUGAAAAGGAAGUGGAACAUUUAAAUAAGGAAGUUGCAGACUUACAGUUUGAGCAAAAGGGGUACGUGACUCUCCUCAAGCAGUCGGAUGAGGCUCUCCAGGAAGCCAGACAGGAGGCUGCGAGGACUAGCGGUGAGGUGGACGCUCAGAGGGAGGAGAUACAAAGGCUACAGAAUGUAAACCACGAAGAGGAGGAGAAGCUGAAGAGGGCUCACAGAGAAAAAGAGAGUCUAAGCACUCAAGUCAGGCAGCUGAGUGUAGAGCUUGAGGAGCUGCAUUGCAAACACCAGACAACAGCGCAGGUGUUGGCAGCCCGUUCACAGGAGGCAAAGCGAAUGGCGGUGUGCCUGAACGAGGCAAGACAAGCACAAGACGAAACAAGUGUCAUGGCUCGGAGACUGGAAUUGGAAGUGGAAGAGCUCAAGAAGAAUGUUCAGCAGGCUGUCAUUGAGAAGAAAGAAGCACAAGCCCAGGUGGACACGCUUCAGUCCAAGCUAGCAGCAUCACGUUCAGACAAUGACAACCUUCGUCAUGGAAACCAGCUCAUUGUGACUAAUCUCAAACAAUGGGUAGCUGAGCAAAAAGGAGCUAGCGAAAAACUUGCACAGCAAAUGAAGGCCCAAUGCCAAGUUUUGCUCAAUGUCACUGAUGACAAAAUACAUCUUCAGGAGGCUAAUGACACACUGAAGGCGCAGGUGAAGCGACUGAAAGAAAUGGCGGCAGGGCAGGAGAAAAGAAUGGGACGCGUCAAGGCACAACUCGAUGACCUGCGUGCACUUCAAGAUGAGAAAAUCCUGGAUGAGGAAACUUUCAUUGCCUUGAAUUUGAGCAGACUGGCUGACAUGCAGACUAAAUUGCAGUGCAACAUGGACGCUAUCCGUACGCUCAAUCAACAGUUAAAGGCUGUCAGCCAGGAGAACAAGCACUUACGUAGGCAGCUGGAAGAAGAGAGGUGCAUGUGCGUACAAGUGGAAUACGCCAGCCCUCACACUCCCACCACUGUCCAUCUGCCUUCCUCCCGACCUGAAACGAGUGACAAGGUGCACUGAGCGGAAUCUAAAACCCAAGCAUACUGAGUAAGAAGAUGGCGCCGGAGGUAAUCUGACAAAAUGGAGGGCGUCGUCAGAGGUCGCGGCGCUGUCACCAGCCGUCCAACCUUCGCUGAUGACUCGCCUGUCCAAUGUUCGCGGCGCACAGGAGCGAAAGACGCUAACAUGUACCCAUAAUCAGGUGUGACACAUCACUGCUUAAAUGCGCCGAGCUCACCUGACAGCUU